UGUCCCUUUUACAUCACGUACAUAUUUUCUUAGUAUAUAAUGUAUCAAGACACUUUUGAAGACGACGAUCUCAUCGCCGAAGUUGAAUUAGUGGCGCAAGAAAGCUUCACUCAAAACAAUGAUAUGGAUGAUGGCUUUGAAACUGAAGUCAAUGUCCCUGGGUCAACUCCUCAACCUUCGACUGUACAAAUCCCUGAUGGUGUACGUAACUUUAUCUUGUACUUUUACCGUAAUGUUUUGGAAAACAACGUGUACGAACUUCACAACGUAUACGACAGCUCUUUCAACAAGCUCACCAACAAGUAUUAUCAAAAACAACCUUGGCCUGAAGCUGAACUCAUCGCUCCUCUUGUUAAUGAUGAUCAAGUAUUUUUGACCUUGUACCGUGAACUCUAUUACCGUCACAUUUAUGCUCGGUUGACACCUACUUGGGAACACCGUUUACAUUCUUAUGAAAAUUAUUGUGAUCUUUUCAAUUACAUUUUGAACUCAGAAGGACCUGUCAACUUGGAAUUACCUAAUCAAUGGCUUUGGGAUAUUAUUGACGAAUUCAUUUUCCAAUUCCAAUCAUUCAGUAACUAUCGUGAUCGUCUUCGUAACAAGUCAGAAGAAGAAUGGACAUUGUUAAGAGACAAUCCUCAAAUUUGGAGUUGUUAUAGUGUUCUGAAUGUGUUGUACACUUUUAUUCAAAAAUCACGUAUCAAUGAACAAUUACUGGUGAACAAGAAUGGUGGUGAUAUGAUGGAAGCUGCUGGUGAAUAUGGAUCUAGACCUUUAUACAAGAUGCUUGGUUAUUUCUCUAUUAUUGGAUUAUUACGUGUUCACUGUCUGUUGGGUGAUUAUAUGUUAGCAUUGAAGAUGAUGGAUAACAUUGUAUUAAACAAAAAGGCCAUGUUUGCUAGGGUGACUGCCUGUCAUGUGACGACUUUCUAUUAUGUUGGUUUUGCUUAUAUGAUGAUGCGUCGUUAUGCUGAUGCUAUCAAGGCUUUCUCUACUAUUUUGUCCUUCAUUCAACGUACUAAACAGUAUCAUUCUCGAUCUUAUCAAUUUGAUCAAAUUGCCAAGAAGGGUGAUCAAAUGUAUGCUUUGUUGGCCAUUUGUGUUGCUUUGUGUCCUACUCGAUUAGAUGAAUCCAUUCAUUCUCAAUUACGUGAAAAGUAUGGUGAACAAUUAUUCAAGAUGCAAAAAGGAGAAGAAGCUUUAGUUGUUUUUGAAGAAUUAUGGCAAUAUGCUUGUCCCAAAUUUAUUUCUGCUACUGGUGUGAAUUUGAACAAAGGACCCAAUGAUCAUUUGAUUGAUCCUAAUCAAAAUCAAGUCAAGAUCUUUAUGUCUGAUAUUCGUAAUCAAAUUAUGCUUCCUACUCUUCGAUCAUUCAUGAAAUUGUAUACAUCUAUGGGUAUUGAUAAACUGGCUAAAUUCCUUGAUAUGGAUGCUGAAGAACUCAAAAUGCAUUUAUUGGUAUUCAAGCAAAAAUCUCGACAAUUGAAAUGGGUUAGUGGAGAUGUAUUACAAGGUGAAUAUAUGCCUACUUCUGAUUUGAACUUUUGUUUGAAACAAGAUGUGGUUCAUAUUGCUGAAAGCAAGGUUGGUCGUCGUUAUGCUGAUUGGUUCUUACGAAAUAUCAAUCGUUGUGAAGAUAUUGUUGCCAACUUGGAACAAAAGGUUUAGGUUUUUUUUUUUAGGCUUAGUUUAUUAUAUACACUGUUUUUAUUUUUGUAUUCUUUUUUUUUAUUAUUUUUUAUUUUUAUUAUUAUACUUCCCUUUUUUUUCAUUUGUCUUUUUUUUUUACUUUUAUUUUUUUU